CUCGUUCUAAAACCCCAGAAACAGACAAUUGACAGACCUUGGAGACUCCGAAACAUCACAAGUGUUCACAUAUAUUUCGAACGUACUAAUUAAUCAGCUGCAUUGUCCCUAAUCCAACUCUUAAUUCCCUUAAAACAAAAAAUAAAAAUCACACUUCUCUAUUUUUUUCUUCCUUUUUUCUGAUUGCUUUCAGAGUUUUUCUUAUUUCAUCUCAUGGAAGAUUGCUUGUCAUCAUCUAAGAAGUCUCAAAAGAUUGUAGGAUUUGAAGGUCCAUACCGGAUGCUAGAUUGUUCGGGCAAGGGUGACAAAGCAGGAGUGGUGCGCGAGCUAGAGAAAGGGGUGGAGCCGAAUUUAGCUGACUAUAAUAAGAGAACAGCUCUUCACUUGGCAUCCUGUGAAGGCCACACUGAGAUUGUUCUUCUGCUUCUUCAGAAAGGUGCUGAUGUGAACUCCACAGAUCGUUGGGGCCGCACUCCACUGUCAGACGCUCGUAGCCUCAGUCAAGAGGCAAUUUGCAAAAUAUUGGAGGCUAAGGGUGGCAUAGAUCCGGUAGGGCUUGAUUCCCAGCUUCCAUGCUAUGAAGUGAAUCACACUGAGGUGAACAUGGAUGAAGCAGCACUUAUUGGAGAGGGAUCAUAUGUUGAGAUUUAUUUAGUGAGGUGGCGCGGUACAGAAGUUGCUGCUAAAACAAUCCGUUCCUCCAUUGCUUCCUAUCCGAAAGUGAAGAAUUUCUUUAUGAAGGAACUCGCUUUGUGGCAAAAUCUUCGCCACCCUAAUAUUGUACAAUUCCUUGGUGUUCUAAAGCACCCUGACCGCUUGAUCUUCCUUUCUGAGUAUCUUUGCAAUGGAAGUUUGCAUGAUAUAUUAAAAAGAAAAGGAAGGCUUGAUCUGCAAACCGUACUUUCUUUUGCUCUAGAUAUCGCUAGAGGUAUGAAUUAUCUUCAUCAGCAUAAACCGCACCCUAUAAUUCAUCGGGGUUUGACACCAAGAAAUGUUUUACAAGAUGGAGCUGGGCGACUCAAGGUCACCGAUUUUGGCUUAAGCAAAAUUGCACAGGAAAAUGAUGUAUCGGGUUAUAAGAUGACUGGACGAACAAGUUCAUAUCGUUAUAUGGCACCUGAGGUUUAUCGUCGAGAAUCAUAUGGAACGAGUAUUGAUAUCUUUUCGUUCGCUCUAAUAGUCCAUGAGAUGUUUCUCGGAGGACCACCUAGUCUGGCAGAGGAUCCGGAAAAAAUUGCAGACAAGCGCGCAUACGAGGAUUCUCGACCACCUCUCUACUCUUAUCUGCACCCCAAACCGAUCAGGACGCUUCUUAAAGCAUGCUGGCACCAGGAUCCAGAUUGCCGGCCAACGUUCGAAGAGAUUAUUUUGCAGCUGGAGGAAAUUCAAGCUGCCUUUCAGGACAAGAUGAAAAUGGGAAACUGUAGUGGUGCUUGUGUCAUCUCAUAAAUGGAAUUUAUGGAAGUCAAAUAUGUCGAGAAAGUUUACUCUUCUUUUGUGGGUGUGUGUAUAUGCAUGUGGCAUUUUAUAUAUAAACUUGUUUACAAGAUUAACAGCUACCAAUUUAUUACUACUUUUACCAUCUAUUUGUACCAUCUCUUUAAUAGAAAUAGGAUCUG